GAAGUUAGCAAAGGGUGAGUAUUUUGUCAUCUGUACCGUUACUUACAUGGAUGAAUUAUUACCGUUUAUAUUUGGAUUAAAUGAAGUUAGCUGAGAGUGAGUAAGCAUUCCCCCUACACAGACAUUUCCAUGGCCAUAUCACUUCUCUUCCCAAAUCCUCCCUUAACAAACCCACACAGCCGAUACAAACCUACGCUUCCGGCGUACAGUAGCACCUGCGGAGCUAAAAAGAGAGCAGCAUGCAUAGUUUGCGCGAAAAGCCAAGACGACUAUCACGCCACCCUUAAAGCCCUUAAUUCCAAAGGCCGUUUUCCCAGAAAAUCUCUUGGCCAGCAUUACAUGUUGAAUUCUGAAAUAAACGAGCAACUUGUUGGCGCUGCUAAUAUCAAAGAAGGAGAUUUGGUGUUAGAGAUUGGACCUGGAACCGGUUCCUUGACCAAUGUACUGCUAAAUGCUGGUGCCACAGUCCUUGCCAUAGAGAAGGAUCCUCAUAUGGUGGGUCUCGUGACAGAAAGAUUUGCAAGUACAGAGCGGUUCAAGGUUUUGCAAGAAGAUUUCGUCAAAUGUCACAUCCACUCUCAUAUGUUGUCAUUGUUUGAGAAUAGAAAGUCGUCAAAUGCAAAUUCGGCUUAUGCUAAGGUUGUCGCCAAUAUACCUUUCAAUAUAAGUACUGAUGUCGUCAAGCAACUUCUUCCAAUGGGUGACAUUUUUUCUGAAGUUGUUCUCUUACUUCAGGAGGAGACAGCCAUGCGCUUGGUGAAACCAUCCUUGCGGACAUCUGAGUACAGACCCAUCAAUAUCUUUGUCAAUUUUUAUUCAGAGCCCGAAUACAAAUUUAAAGUCCCAAGAACAAGCUUUUUCCCUCAGCCGAAUGUUGAUGCAGCCGUUGUUACAUUUAAGCUGAAGCAAGCUAUUGACUAUCCCUCAGUUACCUCCCCAAAAAGCUUCUUCUCAAUGGUCAAUUCGGCAUUUAAUGGAAAACGUAAAAUGUUGCGGAAAUCACUUCAGCACAUAUGCACGUCUCUUGUGAUCGAGGAAGCUCUUGGAGAUGUUGGACUUCCAGCAACUUCAAGACCAGAGGAGCUUACCUUAGACGAUUUUGUGAGGUUGCAUAAUUUAAUUGUGGAAGUAUAGUGUACCAUGAAAUGGUUUUUCAGAUAAAGCCUCUUGUACCUUGUCCAAAUCAGAUAACAAUGGAAAACUACAGCAGUGAAGUCAGUGUGUAGUAUAAUCUUUCCAGCAGUAGUCUUCUCUGAAAAGAAUUGGCAAUGACGAAAUGUGCAUUGUAAAAAUUUUGUACCAUAAGCAACUGUAUAGUAUUAAAUUAUCCAACUAUAAAUGUACACCCAAAGCUUCAUUGAAUCUAG